AUGGCGGAAAUAUUCAAAGGAUCAGAUUUGUUAGAGAAUGAACAAUUGAGGAAAAGGUUAAAGGCUCACAUUGAAGCGGAUUGCCUGGUGGGAAUGCCAACCGAAACGGUUUACGGUCUGGGAGGGAAUUCAUUAAGCGAGAAAUCUUUAAGGAAUAUAUUUGAGAUGAAGAACAGGCCGGUAAGUGAUCCUAUCAUCUCUCAUGUGUAUGACAUAAAGCAAGCAUUUGACCAACUGUACCAUGUGAAUGUGUUCGAGAUGUUUACUAUAUAUACCUUAAGUAAAUAUUUUUGGCCUGGUCCUUUAUCAAUAAUUGCUAAGGCAAAAAAGGAGCUGCCUUUAAUCCUCACGGCACACACAGGAUUCUGCGCUGUACGAAUGCCAAGGAACAACAUCGCCAUAGAGAUUAUUAAGGUGAGCCAAGUUCCCAUCGCAGCUCCUUCCGCCAAUAAAUUCCAACACAUCAGUCCUACCACUUCUGCUCAUGUCUUCCAAGAAUUUGAAAAAGAAAAAAUUAUCAUCUUCGACGAUGGACAGUGCGACAUAGGUAUUGAGUCCACCGUUUUGAAGUUGGUUAAGUUUAAGAAAACGGGUGAUAGGAAGCCGAACCGAUUGAGCGGAGCAGGUGAAACUUGUGAGGCGAUCCAAGAGGAGGAAGUCACCACCGAUGAUGAAUACGAAAAGGAAUGUACAGACGAAAUGGAGUUUUUACGCGAAGUCACGGGAAUACCCGCGUCGGAGACGAACGUAGAAGUUUACGAUAGGUUGAAAGAUCUGUUUGAGACCAUUGGGUGGGGAAAUAAAGUGGAGGAUAUGUCAAAAAUGGGAGGUGAGUUGUCAAGGACGAGUGAAUAUCCCCUUUUGGAAAAAGUAUUAAAGUACAAGAACCUGUACGACUAUCGUAUCCGAAUUUAUCGGAGGGGAAAGUACACGAAGGAGCAGAUUGAGGAGGCUGUCAGUUCCUCACCUCUCCUCAAAGACAUACAGGUCGACUUGUACGAAAAAAUCAAGUUUGAAAAUGUGGCAAUUUUGCACAUGGGGAAAGGGGGCCACUUGGGUCGAGAAGGUGGUAUCCAGGCGGAAGGCACACUGGACGGGUCAGUAAAUGGGUCAGUAAAGGCGGCGCUGAACAGUUGUCUUUCCAAUUGCUUAGGUGGCAACACUGCGGAGGAGGAGGAGGUGCAGAAUGAGGUGAGUCCUGGUCUCUUGCUCACUCAUUACAGUCCCGUGGUGUCGACAUACCUACUGGACGGUGCGGCAGAUGAAGGAGAGCAAAGUGAGUUAAUGAGGAAGAAUCCAAUUGCAAAGAUAUCCUUGGGAAGGUGCGUACUUUUAGAUAUCGGAGACUCUUUUGAACUUCACCAAGGGAACUUUCUCAAAUAUAUUAAUAUCUCAUACGAAGGAGUGGACACGAAAGAAGAACAAACAAAGUUGGUCAUGAAGAACUUUUUCCUUUUUUUGAGACAGGCAGAAGAGUUAGCCAUAGAAUACCAGGCUGAGGGUAUUUUAAUUUCGAUCUUAAAUUUAAAAUGCGUGGAUGAGAGAAACCUCUCCAUCUUUGAUAGGAUUUUCAGGGCAGCUUCGGGCAGAAUACUGCACGUGGCUGUGCCACAGGUGGGGUCCUUGCGUUUGCUUUAG